AAUAAUUAUUGUCACGGUGCGUCAUCGUAUAAUACGCGGUCCGAAAGAAGCGGCGAGACGAACUCGAAUUUCCCGCAGAAAUUUUAUCGAGCACCCUAUAGGUCGCGCAGCAGUCAGGCAUCGGCGCCGUCGGCAGCGGUGGUCUCUUGUAGUUUUUGCUACGCCCUCUUCGCAUGAAAAUGAUUCUUCCUCGGCGCGCCGUGGUAGUAGGGAUCGUCGACCAUUGGUUAUCGAACGUUUGACUGACAGUUCGACUAUCUCGUGUCGGGCCAGCGAUGAAAGGGAGAAAGAAAAACAGCUUCUGGUUCCCUAUUAACGCCUACCGACGAUCCGGUGCACUUCUCUAACCCGUGUCUUCUUUCUUCGUCGGUUUAUUGCCCGACACGACGCCGGUUUAAUACGCCGAUGACUGACAGUUUAAUUCUGCGAGUAACAUUGAAAGUGUAGGUUAAAGAUCAUUACAUCAGAGGCCCCGGAGGACCUGGGCAACGAUGGAUGGUGCCAGACAGGAAUGAUAGAAUGCAAGAGGGUAGCACCGCCGUGGCGCUAGCGAUGGUGACUCCUGGCUACGAUCAGGACCCUGCAAGUGGGGUUGCCGAUUACACAACCCAUCAAGAUCAGGCACAGUUCGAAGCAGACAAGAGGGCAGUGUACAAGCAUCCCCUCUUCCCACUGCUAGCGUUACUAUUCGAAAGAUGCGAACAGGCUACUCAGGGAUCGGACAAUUCGACGUCCGAAAGCUUCAACAUGGACAUAGAGGCCUUCGUCCAACACCAAGAAAGAGACCGAAAGCCAUUUUUGAUCAAUGACCCCGAAAUUGACGGUUUGAUGAUCAAGGCGAUACAGGUGCUGCGAAUCCAUCUACUCGAGUUGGAAAAGGUUCAGGAGCUUUGCAAGGACUUUUGCAACAGGUACAUCACGUGCCUGAAGGGCAAGAUGCAGAGCGAAAAUCUGCUACGCAGCGAUUACAGCCACCAUGGGCACGAUAUGGGUCCAUCGAGUGGCAGCAAUGGCAGCAGUCCUUUGCAGGUGCUGUCUUCUACAGGCAAUGAUGUUGAGCCGGGAGCUAACGGAUUCAGAGUGAGCAGAGGCGACACCCUGUCGGAGAACGGUGGUGCGAGUCAAAUGGCUGCGCAAGAGGAAACCGGUAACGACAGGCCGCCAUCGGUACGAUCAUCUUCCACCGCUCAACGCUCGAACAGAUCCUCUAGCCAGGACCAUGACGAUCCUCUAUCGCCUUCCACGGUACACGGGAGCACGCCCCUUUCGCAGAUUGGAGUACAUCCUUGUGCGCCAGUCAACGAUAUGUAUCUUGGUCAAGAUGAUAUGGACUAUGUUAGCGACAGAAUAUAUUUAGAAGAAGCUGGUUAUUGGGGCCUUCUUGCAUUGCAGGAGCGCGAGAAUGAAUACGUCGAUGUCGGGGAUGCUAACGACGAAAAGUAUUUUGAUAUCACUGUGGCGGGCUCACCCUCCCCUGCACCCAGCGAAGAUGAAGACGAGGGAUGUGGCACUGGUACUGCUACUUCAAAUCAUAGUAGUAGCCACGGAGGUAGUCAUAGUAGCAUUAAGAAGGGAAGGCAAAAGCGGGGCGUCUUACCUAAACAAGCUACGAGCAUUAUGCGAACCUGGCUCUUUGAACAUAUAGUUCAUCCAUAUCCUACGGAGGAUGAGAAGCGUCAAAUCGCGAGUCAAACGAACUUAACGUUGCUGCAAGUAAAUAAUUGGUUCAUCAAUGCUCGUCGACGAAUCCUUCAACCGAUGCUCGACGGUGCCGGGGCAGACCCGGUGCAACGUGCAGGAAAACGUCACAAAGUGUCGAAACACGUCGUUCAACAGCAGCACGUGCAGCAGCAACAAGCCAGUGGCUGGCAAUCCGAAGACUCCGGGAGUGAUUCAGGCUCCAGCGACGGUGAGGGAGGUGCCGAUAGAUCGAAAGAUGGUAACGAUAGUGACGAAGAUGAUCUUCACUGACCUCUGUCGAUCACCGAAACGUCAACCUCUUUACGGUGCAAUCGAGUACAUGUACGAGAACGGAUCUUCAAAUAAAAUCACUAAUGUUACUGCUCAUUAGCGAUUGACGUGCAAGCUCUGUCAAAAAUAUUUAAGGAGAUAGGAAUGGACCAAAAAAAAAAAAAAUAAGACAGUAACGAGAGUUAGUUUUGGUACGAGAUCGAGUCCAACAUUUUCAGUCUUUGAAAUUGUUGAAACGUUAUGUUUAAUUAUCCAUAUACUUUUAUAGUCGGUGGUAUUGAAAAUCACAUUAAUAUUAUAUUUGAUCAUUUCAUGCUGUUCUUUACGUUGUAUCGUUGGUUUCUUUACUGCGACAGUGUAACUCGAGAAAAUAUUCUGUUGACAAACUUAUGUGACAAUUCACGUUAUACAUACUUAUGUACACUUUCCACACAAAUCUAUUGUAUUCUUGAGAAACAAUUUAUGAGAAUUUAAACAUCGUUUCUCUGAUUGUGAUGCAAAAAAAAAUGUAAUUUCGUUUUAUAUUUGCGAAUAUAUUCACCCAAACUUCAGGUUCUACUUUUCUUUGAUUCUUCUUUUUACGAGCUAAGUUAGUUUCACAUUCUAUUAAUUUUCAUUUUCCUGUAUUUCGUUAAAUUUCUUUGUCUCAUUGAAAUGUUUUUAAUGUUUGUGAAUUAUACAAAAGUUUCUAAGCAGCAUAUUUUGUUCCAUGUGUUGUGACAUGUAUUCCAUCUUGCCAAGAGUUCAUUCUAUAGUUUACGAAAAUGUUCACGUAUAUAUUGACAAAUAUUGUACAAUUUGAUAUUCCAAGACGCACACGUGUAUAUGUAUAUGCGCUAAUAUAAAAUUAAAGGACUUUCAAAGGUCCAUUCCUAACUUAAGUGAAAUUUUAAGUCGUAAACUAAACGUAUUACAUACUUACGUACAUACUAAAAAGGAAGCAUAAGUAAACAACUUGAAUACUUCUCUCGUGUACAUCAAGGUCCUGUUAUAAGUUGUUUAUUGAUAAUAAAUGCCA